UACCGGAAUUUUUUGCAACAAGGACGAGAAAGCUGAGUUCCUGUGCAACUUCCCUUCAAAGCUGCAAGAUAUUGGCUGCAAUUAUCGACCGAUGUUUCAGCCACCUGUGUGUAAUGUGAGUUUCCAGACUUGAUGCCAGUUUGAAUACACCUUGUGUCUUUGAUCACUCAUCAUGAUGCGUUACUGGGGAGAGAUCCCUGGACCUGCAGGGGCACCUCCCAGCCGCAGCUCCUUUGAUUUGCUCCAGCGUGAGUUUCGCUCUGUGGAGAUGCAGGACCCUCCCCUGCACCAGCCCUCGGCCCAGCGUCCGCGGCCCACCACGAUGUUGGACAUUCCCUCAGAGCCCUGCAGCCUCACCAUCCACACAGUGCAGCUGUGUCAGCAUGCACGCCGCCUCCGUGGCCUCUUGGCAGCGGCUCAGGCCCAGGCUCAGGGUCAGAGCACAGCGUCCUCUGAGGGAGGCAGCAGGAUGGAGGAGACUGACACCAACCUCCCUCUACGUCCUCCCACCCCACCUGUCAUGCCAGAUGAUCUGUUACCCGUGGACAGCAAAGCCCCACGGCAACCCUUCCAGCUCCGCCACAGUGACCCUGAAAGUGACUUUUAUAAGGGUAAAGGCGAGCCUGUCACAGAGCUGAGUUGGCCUUUCUGCAGGCAGCUCCUCUAUCAGUCAGUGGCCACCGUCCUGGCUCAUGCUGGCUUCGAAUCUGCUCAGGAGAGUGUGCUGGAGACUCUGACCGACCUGGUGCACGAGCACUACCUGCGCCUUACCCGCCUGCUGAGGGUGGCGGUGGACCGGGAGGCACGGCUGGGGGCCAGUCCCUUCCCAGACGUGGUGGAACAAGUGUUCCAUGAGGUGGGCAUCGGCAGCGUCCUGGCCCUGCAGCGCUUCUGGCAAGUGAGGAUCAAAGACUAUCACAGCUACAUGCUGCAGGUCAGUAAGGAUCUGUCAGAGGAAUAUGAGCGGCUAGUGAACCCAGAGAAGGCUCUGGAGGAUUCCAAGCCCCCAAAGAUUAAGGAUGAGCCCAUGAGUGACAUCCCGUUCCCUGUUAGCGAGGAACCUGAAGCCGACCUGGCCUCUGGGGACCAGGCUCUGCCCAUGGGGGUCCUUGGGGCCCACGGUGAAAGGCUGGCUUCAGGCCUGGAUGGUGACCAUUCUCCUCACACCUCAGGCGGCGGCGGGGCCAACAACUCCCCUCUGUGGCCGCAGGUAAAAAUGGAGCCACAGGAUGGCGAGGAGGGCCAGGGCUCAGGCCACCAUCACCAUCACCACCACCAUCACCAUGGCGUCCUGGGUGGAGAUGUGUUUGAGGAGGGGGGACCCAUGUCUACCAUGAGCGAAUCGGGGGUAGCCAUGGCACCCUCACCUGGAGGUGCGGCGUCAGACGGCAGCUACGCCUCGCAUUCACCCGACUCCCUGAUGGGCUCAUCACCCGUCUUCAACCAGAGACCCAAGAAACGGGUGAAGAAGAUGUGAUGAAGCAGAGACAGUGGACUCUAAACUCACCAGCCAGUUUUCCAGGUUACUUAUAUUGGACCGGUGGUGAAAUACGCCAGUUGAACAGGUGUGUUGGACUCCUCUCCAGCUGUCCAGAUCAUGGCCACUGCAUAAACUGACAGAGACAUUAAUGUCACAAAAGAACUGAACUGAUGAGGGGAGGGAAAAAAAGAAAAAGAUAUUUUGUAGUUUUUCAUGUUUGUUUUUAUGAGUAUAGUUUCAGAUAGUUGAAGAUGCUGCCACAAACUGUAUUAAUGGGGUUUAUUGUUAAAAGAUGAUCUUCCAAAUCUUUUGAAUGAUUUUUUUUCCCCCCCAUUUGAGUUAAAUGUUUUUCAAAAAAAACACAUACACACACAAAACCGUAUUUUACUUAACCUAAUGAAGUGAAGAACAGGAAGAACUAUGAGGUCCGAAAGCAAAUCAUUUAGUUAAACAGCUUAAUAAUACAGCAAAAUGGUUUGUUUUCUCAACCUGUGAGCUCACUUUCCUCUCACAUACCAAUUACUGUCUGUGCCAUUCAUUUUGAUUAAAAGCCGCUCAACCAAGAAUGAAAAUAUAAAUGUUUUUCCCCUCAUGAACACGCCGUUGACUUAUGAUGUGGUUUUUUUGAUUUUUUUUUCCAACCCUUCGUUUCCUUUCCGCAGUGCGCUUUACAUGUAGCCUAACGCAGCGGAACCACACAGGGAGACAGCACAAGCUUCACACACCUGUCAACCUGAAGCCGCUCCACCAA